AUGGCUUUAACCAACAUUUACCAUUUGCGCCGAGUCGCAGAUACCUCUGCAAAAGCAUGUUUAAUCUGCUACAAGCCAUCGACAAGCGUGAUGAUCACACCAGAUAACAAGGACUUCUUCUACGUGUGCCCCGCACACCUCCAGGAUCGCCACUUCUGCUCGCCCAUCAUUGACGCAGAAAGCGAAGCAGCACGUCUCAAAGAGCAGAAAAUGGCUGAAGAAAUUGAAAAGGUCAAAAAGGAGUACGAAGAAAAACAGCAACGGAAGAAGGAGCGGGAGAAGCAAUCUGGCAAAGAUGAAAAAGACAAGGACAAGGAGAAAAAGAAUGAUAAAGACAACCCCAAAGAUAAGGAAUCCACCGAUUCCAAGACCAACGACGAGAAGGAAAGAGAUGACAAGAUCGAUUCUUUAAAAAAGCAGAACGAGAUGAAGCCAGAAAACGGUCCUCGAGUAUUCGCGCUACAUAAGACAUUCUAUCAGAUGCGUAUCGACCGGCUACGAGGCAUCGAGAUGGCUAAACGGAAUCAGGAGAGGAUGAAAAAUCCAUCUCUCUUCCCUUCUGUUCCCAACAAGGACCUUUAA